UGUUUAACAUGACUCGCUUUGUUGUUGUUGUAGUUAAAUGUUAAAAUUGUCGUUGACAUUAUCGUUGUACACAAACAUUCCAACUACUCUCAAACACACACAACACGACAAACUCAACUGUGUCACGCAGUGUGGAUGCAAGCAGCAACAAAUCAGAACACAAUCACCAGUAUCACCAACACCCUUGAGCGCCCGUGGUCCAGGAGAUGUUAAACUGAAAAUUGACGCUCUUUUAUUUAUGUAUGUGUGUUCCUCGCGGUACAUCGCAUGUCUAACUGUCACUCAAUUUUGUGUUUGUAUUCCGUAAAUUGGCUGACCGAGUAUGCAUACACACCCACACACAGACACUUGCUACAAUUUACACAAAUAAACGCACACAUUCGUAUGACCACCAGCACCUCGUAUAUAACUGUAUACAUACAUACAUGUGUACCAGCAAGUCAAUGUGUUUUAUUCUCUAAAUUCCUUUCAUUACAUUGUUAAGGGAAAAUCAAGAACAAACAACAACAAGAAACAACCUAACUAUUCGGCAACAUUUUCAAUUUCCGCUUGCAACAAUGUUUCUAUUUCUGAUUGCAUUGCCGCCUCUGUCAUUCGCAUCAGCAAUGUCAUCAUCAUACUCGUCAUCACCAUCACCAUCAUCAUCAACGCUAUCAGUGUCACUGUUCGCCAAGCAUCAGCGAUCAUCCUCGUGUUUAUUCAAAAUUUGAAUGGUUCCUAAAAACAAACUAAACAUAAGUGUUUCAAGAAUUUUAGAAUUUUACUAGAUGUGAAUAUUCAGUGAUUGUUUUUGUUUUCAUCAAUAUCAGAGACUGUGGAGAAAUAACCGAAAUUUACAAAUCAUUAGAAAAUUAUAAAAUGUCGAACAAAAUUUGACAUACAACAGAGUCAAGGCAAAUAAAGCCAUUAUCCUUCGACUAUUUUACAAAACAUUUUGGUUAAGUUCUAUAGACCCACUAUUACUUUAUUCGUGCGUUUUUCCUUUUACAAAAGUGUAUCGUUUGUCUAAGAAAAGCAUUAUUAUUAUUCAAACUAUUGCCCAUCUGUAGAUAGUAUAUAUUCCCAAUAUACCGGCAAUUUGUCGACUCCAUCCCAAAAGAACUCUACGAUACAUGUCAAUUUUUGAUACCCUGUUUUGAUGUGAACUGUAGUGAGCGCCUGUUGCAUCGACCGGGACAAAUGGUCGCCAGAAGGAACAAGACCCGAACUAUAAGGACGAUGUAUCGUAAAAUUUCUCAGCCGCUAUUUUUCAAAUAGCUUUUAAGCGGUCUAGAAACAUGAGGACGAGCGGUGUUAUGAUUUAAAAUUAUUGUCUCGUAUCUAUUCUCCCAGCGGGCAGUGAGUAGAAUUUGCCCGUGGUAAGGUAUGCCUGUCGUGAGCGGCGAUUAAAAUCCAAUAUGCACCUUGUAUGUUUUUUGGCUUGCCUCGAAAUAUCCGUGUAGUCUUGUCAGAAACAGCGUAAUAAUACUCAGCUUGAACUGAUAUUGUAGACUUUGAAUGAUAUUUCUUAUAAUUAAAAGACAAUUGGAAUUCAACCGACACAUUUCACCAGUAAUUGAGUUGAAUGGAUGCUCGACUGGUAGUAGCAAAAGCAGCAAGGUCUGACCGGACACUUGAAUAUGGUACAACGGGGAGCUUUUAGCCCUUAGAGUUCGUUCCAAACUGCACAUUGAGUUUGGUCCUUUUGGGAUAUUUGUGAUGACUGUGGCUUAAACCUAAAGGCAGGUGGAGUUCAGUGUGGAGUCGCACUGCGCCCAAGUGACGGACCCACACCACGGUAGAGGUUUUAGCUGGGCUUCGAACCCGACCAAGGUGGAAAAGGUUUCCCUUCCACUUGGCCAAUUAGAACCAAAUAAUACUCGCAAAAAGCUUGUAUUAUUUUGAGGCGUUGUACAAUGCAUGGUUUUGGUCCGUUGUGCUUUUGAGUGCAGUGGGAUAAGGUUGACGGCUGCAAGUACAUACGUAAGACACACCGGACGUUGUCUCGUGCUAACAAAAAAAUCUGUGCGCUCACUCGCUUGAUUAAACUUCUUGAACUGUUGCAUGUAGCUUUCCCCAAUAAUGGUUUAAACCGGUGUUAGAAGCUCGCAAAACAGCAUGCUCUUCUGAUCCCAUCAAAUUCCUUGAUUUUGACUGUAUCCGGCUUGUUUUAAAUAUUUCUAAUUAGUUACUUGUGUGCCUCUCAAAGGUUUUGAACUCUCUUCUUGUGUUGGCAACAAUCUUAUCCGAGUAAUGCUUCCAGUUCUUCAUCUUCCAAUCCAAAAUCAGCAGUUUUAAAUCGUGCGAACCACUCCUGGCACGUUUGUUUAGGUGGAGCAUGUUCAUUAUAAACUUUCACCGAAACGCGAUAACUUUAGGCUGAUUUUUCCUUCGUAUUAAAGUAAUUUUGGAUAAGUCUCCACAAAGUUCAACAUAUUUGAGUGUAAAAAAGUGAAAAAACCUCAUCACCGAUUUUCUAUUUUCGAAUAGUUGCAAGAUCGCAGCAAAAUAUAUUUAUUUUUUAAGCGACUGGUUACUGGUGACGACUACUGGGUCACUUACGAUCACGUCAAGCGAAAACGUCAGUAGUCGUACCGCGAUUAGCAGUCUCAAGCGGUCUCCAAGCGGCGAUUGAUGGUCAUGAGGAUUUUGAGCUUGUCCAAAGGCGGACCUGCAUUCUCAAUAAUUGGACCAUAGUUAUUGACUCGUCAACAGCUUCGGGAACUUGAUUGCAAAGUUCUUAUUCACUUUAUAGUCUGUACCGGGAACCAAGUGAUUACACAUGUUCCUUUCUAUGGUGAAUGUUAAUGAUGAGCCCCAGGCGAAGUUUGUUACAAAACACUUUCCAAGCUUUUGACCAAUAGAGACAAGGGUUCCUACGAGAGUACCAUCAUGAGUUUACCUUCAAAAUUACAAAACGAAAUAGUACAUGUUAGACUUGUAACAAACUAUUCUAAAUGAAACCCUCAAUUUAAUGCAAAAAUAAUGGAUUUUUUCACUAGAUCGAGACCAGAUGAUUCUUGAAAUAUUUGUGAAGAGCUGAUUUGUUCAAACAAGAAAAAAAUCCAAGUAUCUUUUCAAUAUGUCAAUAAAUUCAGAAUGAAAAUUCAGUCUCUGAUAUUGAUUUACUAAAACAGCCUAUUUAUUUUAUAAGAUUUUCUAUUCGCAACUGUAAUAUGAAUGUUUACUUUUCUCACACACUGUUUACUUUCCAUAAAAACUUUUUAACCAACAAUUUAAUGCAAUUUUGCUCAUCAAAUGCCAAACUUUGCUCACACAACAAACUCCAAACUUUUUCUCGAAAACCUGUGUAUGUAUAUGUUUGAACAACAACAACAACAAUAACAAAAACAACAGGAGCAGCUACAACAAUUACAGUAAUGUCAGAGGAAAAUCGAGGGGAAAUGAAUGUGUCCACCGCUCUCACAUCAACCGAGCCAGAGACGUCAAAGUAUUCAUGGUCACGUUACCUGAACAUGUCUACACAGACGCCACCCUCGCGCCGCCAUCAACGACCCAGCAUGCAAGUGGAUAGCGCCGAAGAUGGCGAUGAUGAUGAUGAUGAUGACGACGACGACGAUGAUGAGGAUAAUGACGUGGACGAUGACAGCGAUGGCAAGGAUAAUGAAAAUGACAAUUUGAUUGAGUCCGAUGAAGAGGGCGAGGCCACCACACAUUUCGGUGGCAGUGCUGGUGGUGGUACUGGUGGCGUUGGAGCGGAUGCUUAUAGACCACACGCCUCUACAUCGGACGCAGCUAAAACUCGUGAUCGGCAUGCUGAUCGGGUAGCCAAGUUUUCAUCGAUUUGAGAAUUUCCGCCAAACCGAUUAGAGUUUUAUUGCGUAUCAUACAUUCGAAGGCGAAAGUAGGUGGUGAAUGUCUCGAUGCGUUGGUUUGUAGGCUUAGAAAUAUUAGAUUUUAAUUCUUUUCAAUGUACAAGUGAGAAUCGUAGCUUUACAGUCAGAAUAUUCAAUAAAUGCAAUUCGUGUACAUCCCAGGUAGCUGCCAAAUAGUUUUUGUAUGUAUUAGAGUAAGGUACUGCAGAAGCCAAUCACGCACAUAACCUCACACAUACACAUACCUUUUGAUUCAUAAAAAUUUUUGCAAAAUAUUGCUCGCUUCACGGAUUUCUCUUGCGUUAGAUAUUAUGUUCGAUAUAAGAAUGAAUUUAAUCGUACAUGGGAUCACUAGCAAUAUAAAUAGUUACAAGUCGAGUAAAAUACAGUUUCUUGCAUUCUAGUUAUAGUGCGAAAAUCUUGUUGAAUAUCAGAGAAGCAGACGAGAGAUUUCCAUCAUUCAUUAUUUCACAUCUAACUCUGUUUCGAUUAAGACGGGCAAGGAGCAAUUGUUUAUAUUUGAAAGUUGCUUUUAUUCGUAUUUUCGGAAUACCCAUUAAAACUUUUGAAAAAAGAAUAGAUAUUUUACGAGUUCCAAGCAAUCUCCGAGGGCGCUAAACAAAGAUCCUUCAAUGGUGUAGUAAUUCCGACUUUCCCGGUGGAUGUUCGUGUUCUUUGGCGAUUCUUAAUCAGAUCAAAUACUAUUACAUGAAGAUCAAUAUAUAGAAUAUGCAGAAAUUUGAUAGCGAUCGGAUCAUAUGUCUCCGAGUGAUUACUGCAGAAACUUCGAAAACUUCUGCUUUAUUGGCAUAGGCAACGCUUACGCGGUUAUAGCUGAGUUUACAACAGCGCCCCAGUCGUUCUUCCUUUUCGCUGUUUAGAUGUUCAGCUGGUUUUUCAAACGGAGUGGAGUUCUACCUCACUAGACUAGAGUAUCGCAAAAAAUACGUUUAAAAUUAAACUGAUUAAGCUGAUUGAACCAAUCGGUUAUAACUUACAGGUUUGUAACUCAAAAACUAUAUGAGGUAUCACAGCAAAAUUUUAGAUUGAUAUUUUUAAAGGUAUGACCUAUCGAAAUAUGAAAAAAUAAUAUUUCCUUUUAAACUUCACACUAGGUGUGCUCCUUAAGAGACAUUGCUAAGUAAAUUCGAAGUCAAACACGCAAAACACCUUUUCGAACAUUACUAAGUGUCUUUGAAGUUAAGUACCCAAAAACAUGCUUUCAUAUUCGCUUACAUCGUAAGCUCAAGGAGUAACUUGAUAAUUUAAUAUCCUCUUAAAAUACUGAUAAGCAAAUACAAAGAUGAUGUCUUCGAGGUUUUCGAACUCUAUCUCAAACACUUUAAUGUCCACAUGUUGACAAUUUGACAUUUCUCUUUUUGUUAUUAUGAGGAAUAUACUAAAGAUAUGAUAAACUCUUGCAUUUCGAAUUUGAGAUAUUAUACUCAGUACCUUACGCGGUUAUAGCCGACACCCAGCCUUCACAAAAUGAAAUUACGCCAGUUCUUAUCUCAAAACAUGAUUGUGGAAACACUUUCGCAGUAAUUUUCUGGAUUUUGUUCAUACAACCCCAAACAUGCUCCCGAACAUGCUCCCGAACGUGAUCUAACACUGCCAUAAAAAACAUUUUUCACGGUGUAAUCGGCACAAUCCGAAUACCGACGAGCGUCACACCACAUACCCGCGCAGUACCGCCUCAAACAAUAUAUCACCGCCAACAGUCACUCAAACACCGUUAGAACUGCUCACAACUGAUGACGUCAUACACUUUGUAAAUAAUAGUUAAUCAUUGCAAUUUGCUGUAAAUAUAAUCAUCUUAGAUUUUUUUCUAAUUGGACGAACAUUUAGCUCUUGAACACACACUACCACAGCAUAGUAUAUAAAAGGGUACAAGUGAAAGCGUGUGAGUUGGGCGUGGCAAAUAAUGGCGCCCAAAUGCACUAUUGUGCUUUGUAAUUGUAAUCUAAAUGAAAAAAAAACUAGAUAAAAAUAAUAGAGAGUUAGGAUAUAUUCAAACAAAAAUCAAUACUGUAAAAUAUAUAUACAAUUUUAGUGCGUAAGUGUCGUAGUUAUGGUAAGACAAAUUCUUGAAGUAAUCUAUUGAAAAUACUUGUAAAAUGUAUGUAGCUAAGAAUUGAAUAAUCAAAAAAUAAGUUAUACUCGAAAAAGGUUUACAGUUAUUCAAGAAAGAGGAUUAGAACAGCAUUCACUUACAUACAUACACAUUUACAUACGUUCAUCAAACGAAAUUUACAUAAUUACGAUUCAAUAAAACAUAAACUUAUUAAUAAUAAUUGUCAUGUGUAUAUUGGAAACGAUUUACUUUAAAUAAAUAAAAUACUUGAAAUUAAUUAGGUAAGAAGAAGAAAAAAUUAAACAAGAAAAAUCAAUGAAAUAACUAAGCAAAUUUGUACUAUUGGAAAAGAACUGCCAAACAAAUGAGUAAACAUACAAAGAAAUUAAAAAAAAAAAAUAUUAAAAAAACUAAAAAUAAAUUAUAAAAAAUUAGCUGAGUUGUAAAAAUUAAAACUAAAAUUAUUAUUAUUAAUAAUAAUUCCAAAAAAUGACACAAAGAAUGGAAAUCAAAGCUUUUCAGCGUCAUCGUUAGUGUAGCUAAGAGAUAUUCACUAAAUGACUAAAAUUUGCAUAAAAUAAAAGAAAAAAAUUUAAUAGCAGAAAUCACCAAAACUAAUGAGCCGCAAAAAGCGCUAAUGAAAAGUAAUUAAUUUUGUAGUUUUAAAGAGCAUAGCAGUAAAUAUUUACCAAUAAUUCCAAUGACUUGUCUACAAACUACAUAAAUAUACAUGUAAUACAAAAUAUAUAGAUAACUGUGUAUGAAUAAAAAUAAUAACGGUAUCAAGCAGCAGUUGCUAAUGUGAGUCAGGCGUAUUUUGUCGUUUUGUUGUAAUUGUAUGUAACGUGUGUAUGAAAGUUUGUAAAAUUUUAAAAAUUCGUAAACAAUAAAAAACCUAGU